AUGUCUCAAAGGAAGCAGUCUAAUAAGGAGUAUGUGGAAAAGCGUUUACAUGCUAGAGAAAGAGAGGUGAAGGGAGGAGAUGCUGUCCUGUUGGAGAAGAGGAAAGAAAACAAGUUGUCAACAGCCUACGAAAGAGAGCCCUAUACAGUGUUGUCUAGAUAUGGGGACCAAGUUAUUUUGCAGUCACCCUAGAGUUUCCAGUAUAGGAGAAAUCUACAGAAUGUUAAGCCUUUUUACUUUCCUGACCAAGGCUACCAGGCAGGAAUUGAGGAACCGGAACUUGCCACCAACUCCUGAAGCAGAAGUACACUCGCCACGGGUUCCUGUGCAGAUGCCGGAACAGCUACCUGCUGUUACCAUGCAACCACUUGCAGCCAAUCAAGAACCACCAGGGGUACCUGUGCAGAGAUCUGAACAGCCCUUGCUGUAA